CUCCGCGCGUGCGGAUUGUCCUUCUCUUUCGUUUCCUGGUGAGAUGGUUAGCCCCUCCGGAGGCGCUGUGUGGGCUCAAGCCGUUACCUUGUGGUGAGUGUUGGGUGGCGAGUGAUCCACGAGGCUGUGAGAGCCGCCUGGGGGUGUAUACUGGUGUGUCAUGGUGGAGGUGUGAGCGGGUUGCUGGGUGUGGUGAGCGAUCACUGGUGCCAGCUCAUAGGUGGUGGCGGUCGCCACCCAUCCCAUGCCAGGGGAUGCCAGACUUUUGUUGAUCAUAACCCGAGGUUGGUGCCAGUGUGCCUCUACCUCCUCUACCUGCACCACUAACCCACGUCAUGUGUUGUUAGAGACUCUAAUUGUUCAUCUUGUGUAGCCCUCACCACCCGGUGACCAAGAGAGAAAGUGAACGAUUUAGAAAGUGAGCAAGUGAGAUAAUCAAACUAGAAAUUGCCCAAGUUGAAAAGUGACAAGUAUCAUGGUGACACCGUCGAAAAGUGACAAAGAAUUGCGGUGACAAAGUUUAAAAGUGACAAAAUUUGGAAAAUGAGCAAAGUUGGAACAUUUAAACCAUUACUUGUUCGGUAUUAUGAGAGGAAUGAAGUAAAACACCCGUGAGAAGAAGGGCGUCUUGGUGUUGGUGGUCAAUCAAGACGUGUCAUCUUGGUAAUGUUAUCAUGUGUUAUCGUUGAGAGAUAGCCAGGGAUCAUUGUGGAUAUGAGUUGGGGGGGAGCUCAGUGCCACAGGUGCCUGGUUAGUGCUCCGCCCUCAGUGCCUUUCCUCAGUGCCUUAACCCUCAGUGUUUUCCGUAAGUGCUUUAUGUGCCUUCGGAGAGUGCCUUCCGUGAGUGCCUUCGGUGAGUGCCUUCGGUGAGUGCCUUCGGUGAGUGCCUUCAGUGAGUGCCUUCAGUGAGUGCCUUCGGUGAGUGCCUUGCUCGAGGCCCUCGCCCGCAGCAGUCAUGGUCGGUGAGGCUGCCACCAUCCCUACCUCAAGACAGAUGCUGGGGAGUUUGUUGGUAAAGAGAUAGUGUCGUCCUCGCCGGCACGACCAUCCGCUCUCCUGGAGUCUGCAGGAGAGGAACCAGCAUCCAUCUUCCAUUCCCUACAGCGAAUGAUCUCUGGUCCUCACUCAGCAUCCAUCAGCCCAGGCGAACGAAGCGCUUCUUGGUUGAGUAAAAAUGGAGCCGGUGCAAGACUUCAGUCGCCUGCGGGUCACAGACUCUCCUCAAGAAGGGCUACAGAAGACCCACGUCACGUCAGGAAAGGUUUAUUCCUCCAUCGGCCGGUCGCAGUCACAAGGCGUCUCUCACACAACGCAGAGCAACUUACAAAGACCUCCGCCUCCAAAUUAUCCUUCUGAGGAGCCCCACUUGAACGUAGGAGACGUGGCCAGAGGAAGGACGAGUGGGAUUCCAACAGAAUCCUACAGUAGUCAGGGAUACAGGAAGUCCCGUCCUCCUCCGCUGUACCAUGAAGCUGUUAGUAAUCUCAACCGCAUGAACAGUUACAAUCCCGAGUCUAAUCUUCAGAAGUUUGCUUCUGAGACGUCAUUGUUGAAGGGUAUUGGGGAGGAGGAGAGGUACCCCAGUGUGGAGCCCGAAGGCUAUAGGGGCCGAAGUCACUCCAACGCCGCCUGCAUCAGUCGUCCUCUUGACAUCCCCAAGAGGUCCCGACCUCAUGAACACACGCUCAACUCCUCAAUGAAAGCACCUUUUUCACAUCUGAAUUCCAUAUUUCAACAGCAGCCAUCUCUCAAAGGCGCCAGUUCGACUGAGGCAAACACUGUUAUGGUCCAGCAAAAAUCCCAGAUGAUUCAUCGAUCACAACAGUUCAGGGACGAGCAAAGACAACGAGGAAGUCUUCCGAUCCCAAUCAGAAAUAACUUUCGUUCAAAAAGUCCAAGCAUUGACUGUAUUGUUUCUGAAUCGAUCAAUGCAACGUCCAGUAAGUUUUUUGCUUCCAAAAGUCCCAGCGUUGACACCUGUUUGGACCGUAUAUUAAAUCCAUGUGAUGCUAACUUUUCCCAUGCUAGUUGGCGGGACCAGGAUAUACGAGGUACAAAUCAUCUAACAGUGCACAGUGCUAAGCAUUUCCGUAGCAAGAGCCCGAGUCUAGAUGCCGGGGUCUUCCUUCAGGCUGUGCGUGGCGCGAGCCACAUGGAAUAUCCGGGGGACAAACAGUAUUCUCAGCGCCCUCUUGCAAAUACCACUUUGUCCGAGUUCAAGGUGGAGUCAGUGGGUCAGGGCGCAGCUAGCCGCAGUGGAGAUAACUCGUUAUCAAACCCAUCACCCGGUGGUCUGGAACGGCGCCCGAGCGCCCAAAGCUUACCUGACCUCUCUGGACCAGCCCUAGAUGAUCUCUGCCCCAUCACUGGACCUUCGGCUGCUUGUAACACCCGCCCCUUCAGCCCCCCAACCUACACAACUUCUCACUAUUCGCCUCAGGGACACCAGUCACAGCUACACACCGAAGGCUACACCUCACCGCUACUCACUAGCAAAAUCACUUCGCAACAUCUAUCAAAGACUACAAAUACGGAGAGACAGAGAUUUCCAUCUCGCCCAUCUCUGCAGACAUCCCCAAGCCGGGAUAUUCCUGGAGCCAAGGGCGACCAGACCUCGCCUCCUCCACCAUACUCACGCCACCGGACACAGGGGGACGCGAGCAAAGGAUCCCUCCUGCCGGGGUUCGAGAGAGUCAUGCCCACGUUGGAAACACGACCGGUUGUCGGAAACUCCAACCUGGUGGUCAGCCGUCUCAGCAGCAAUACAGGAGGAGGAAGGAUGCACCUGGAGGACUACAGCAGCAGUCAGGCGGGGUCACCGGAGCCCCUCGUGCCCUCGGAGCUGACCUCGUGUGACCUGGGCGGCCUCAUCAGCCCUCUGGGAGACACCUCCCACGCUGGGUCUCCCAUGGGGCCGUCUGCGGCGUUCUCCCCUCCCACCAUCAGCGUGGAGGCGCCCCGGGAGUCCAACGCGGGCCCGACGUCGCAGCUGUCGACGGCCAUGACGGCUCUUGGGGAACUACACGGUGACCUGUACCUGGCGGGGGACGAGUGGCCGCCCUCACUAGAGAACCUGCUGACGGCGCUGCCGGGGGGCUCCUCGCUCCCGGAGCUGGUCAUCACAGACCCGCGUCCUCCUGAUGCCCCUAUCUUCUCCAGCCCCAUGCCGACCCCCGCGCCCUCCACGGACCUCCUCGACCUGCCCUCCAGCGAGGGACUCGAGUUGUACCUCGGAGGCAGCCGGUGUUCAGCGUCGCCUAUGAGUGUCUCCCCCGGCGGGUCGUCGCUGCCCUCGCCGUUCGCCUCGACUCGAGGGUCGUUCAGUUCGACCCGACGGAACAAGCGGCCAUACUCGACCUCGCCGAUGAACGUGGACGGCGUGGACCUGAACACGAUCAUCAGGUCGUCGCCGACGUGUCUGAGCGGCGGGUCCCCGACGGGCAGCGCGGCGCCGGUGCCGUGCUCCCCGUCAGGAGGGAGUUACGGCCACAUCAUCCCCCGCCCGGAGGCCAACAACAACAACCUGCCACACCGCGCCAACCUCUCCUUCCAGACGCUGGUCGGCGACGACGACGUGGUCAAGAACAACAACAACCUCCACUACUACAAGGUGGAGCCCAAGUGUGAGCCGGAGGAGCAGCAGCAGCAGCAGCAGGCGUCGCCGCCCUACCUGGAGCAGCAGCAGCAGCAGGAGGGUGAGGACGGGCGGCCGGGCAGCCCCCUGGAGGACGACGGGCCCCGCUACUGCCGCUGGGUGGACUGUAACGUGCUCUUCUCCUGCCGGGAGACGCUCUCACGACACAUCGAGAAGGCGCACAUCGACCAGAGGAAGGGCGACGACUUCACCUGCUUCUGGGCGGCGUGUCAGCGCCGCUACCGACCCUUCAACGCCCGCUACAAGCUCCUCAUCCACAUGCGGGUCCACUCAGGCGAGAAGCCCAACAAGUGUACGUUCAAAGGCUGCACUAAGGCAUUCUCUCGGCUGGAGAAUUUGAAAAUUCACCUGAGAAGUCACACUGGAGAGCGACCCUACAUCUGUGUCUACCCUCACUGUAUGAAGGCCUUCUCCAACUCCUCAGACAGAGCUAAACAUCAGCGCACCCACGUUGAUGCAAAACCGUACGUGUGUUCAGUGCCAGGCUGUAAGAAGCGGUACACGGACCCGUCCUCCCUUAGGAAACACGUCAAGAACCACUCAGCCAAGGAACAGGCGCUUGCCAAAAGAAAGAUGCGGUCCCCUGAUGAGGAUUUCCGUGGGUCGUCACCUGGAUGUUUGGUGACUGGCAUUCCUCUGGAUACGGAUUCUCCUCUCAUGGACCAUGAUGCCCUCCAGUACGGCGGUGAGUCCUCCCUCACUCACCUAUCCAGUAGGCCGAUGAGUCCUUCUUCCACACAUUUGCUCUUCCAGUACGGUGACAGUGUCGUCCCCCAGUGCGGGCCCCGGGGAUGUGGUUCGCUUCAGCCUCCGCUGCCACGUCCUCUCUCGUCGACCGUCGGGGGAGACGCCCCAGAUGGCGCUAGGUCUCCCGGAGACCUUAGUUCCGGAGUUCUCGCAGGAGGAUCUCGACGCCUGGGUCAGCAUAUACUGAACUACCAACACCUGCUGACAAAUGAUGACAUUCUCGUGUACGGAGAAGAUUCUCAAAUGCAACACGAACUGCAAAGAAAACUUAUGGUAGGGAACGACGGGUGUGAGGUGAUGGUGUUCGGCCAGCAGUCAUCGUCAACGCCACAGCAGCAGUUGAUGGUUGGUAGUAACGAGCGAUCGUCACCUGGGUUUGCUUCCCCACCUCCACCUUACUGUCAAGCCCCAGUCUUCUCUGUCGCUAAUUGUAGCGCCACCGCCUCCCAUCUUCCACAGUAUACCAUCACCUCUCCUGCUUCCAUUACAUCCUACCAGACUCCACUAUAUACACAGCAACAGCAACAAAUACAGCUUCAAAUGACAUCGUACUCGACACAGCAAGGAACUUGAAGCACAAACUGAUUCAUAAUGAUCAGACAGGAAAGACGGGGUAACUCUGGAACAGUUAUCUUGCAGCUCCAGAAAGCGGGAUCAAGUUCCAGGUCGCUACCAGUAGCCCGAUAUUAGUUGUUGGUACGAUGUUGUUCCAGUUUAGGACACAGUUGAUAACCUUAUUAACUGAUCACAUUGUACGGUGCUGCUCGCUCACCAUAUGUAGACUUAUUUGUGUACAUUUAAAACUGUCCAAAACGUUGUACUGAAUAUCAUGGGCAGUGAUAUUACACAGUUUUAGUGGAUGCAACAUAUAAUUGCAUUAAAACAAACAUUCUAGUAAUAAUAUAUUUAUUUGGUUUCAUAUGAUAUGCACAUAACACACACGCACAUAAUUUUGAAAGUGAAUUGUGCUUCCUUAAAGCCUAUUUUUAGUACUCUGGUUAUAUCCCAGGGAAUUGGUGCUAUUUAGUUUACUUUCUAGUACAAUAUUUUUAUAAUCGAAAUACUGUUUAUUGCCAGUAUUAGGUUCAAGCGUUGAAGACUAUAUCACCUAGCUAAUGGCCACCAUAUUUGUGUUCUUGAUUUUAAUACCAAGAAAACACUUUGUUGCUGUUGAGAUUAAUUUUUGAGAGAAAAAACAUUGGUGUAUUCAGUAAAGCUUGGCUUUUUCCCGCGAGAAACCAAUAAUACCAAAGACUGGUCCAAGACUGCUUCUUGAUGGAUUGACAAGGUAUAUUCUCCUACCUUGCUUUUUACAUUUUUUUUAAUCUAAUUGUAAAUCGGCCGACGUGGUGUUGGCCAGCAGUUACGAGUGCAAACUUCUAAUUAACAGAUGGAUGGGCCUUAAAUUUGUUUGGUCAACAUGAAACUUGUCCUAUGUCAUCCGGCCGAAGGUGAUGAUGAGUCAGCCUUUGAGUAGAUUCUAAUUAUUUGGACCCAAAUUGGGAACAGGAAAACAAUGGACCACAAUACAUGUUUCUGAGCGGAAUUUGAGAAUGUUAAUCGGAUUAAGUUAAUUUUGGUGUUUUGACUUCUUCUUUUUUAAUUUAGUGGACUAGAUGUAUACUAUGCUGCUGCUUUAAAUGGAUUAAUGAGUCGUGUUAAUAAUGUAAUAAAUUUGAUUAACAUUUGUUAAUAAUUUGUGUUGUAUGUAAAAGUUUUGCCGAGACAAACCUCUCGAACUCUGCUCAAAGUUUCAAUGUUAGGUUUGUAUAAUUGCUGUAAUAUGUACAAAAGUACAAAUUUGUUAUGUACGCGUAGUGUAUAUGUUUAUUAUUAGUAUUAUGAUUUCAAUAUUAUUUAUUUUACAUGUUAGUAUCGUGAUACGUCAGGGUUCAGGUGUAUAGUGUGUUUUUGUGCUCAAAUGUAAGCGUGCCUUUCCUUGUCAAAAACAAAGUUUGGAACUAAGCAUCGAAAAGUAAGGUUUUAAUUAACAUCUGAUAAGUUGUUGUCACGUGAAUCAUGCUUGAUUUGUGACUUAGGACAAUGACAAUCAUGGUAAUGUGUGAAGACUAUAAUGUAGGUAUCAAGGUGAGUAUAGAUAUGUAGUUGAACAAAAAUUAGCCUAGUAACGCUCACUCAAGGUGCUAUAUUGAUCUCUCUUUUUGAACCACUGUUAAUCCAUCACACCGAUAGGACUCCAUAUUGUAUCAUUUUGUUCUCAUAAAAUGUAAGAAAUACCCUUCAUACAGCCAUUAACAACAUCAAAAUGCUGCUUGCUUUAAGAGUGCAUAGUUCCGGUAGGUAGGUAGGCAGGCGAGGCAGCUGUCCAAACUCAUCAGUGCUUUCAAUAGGUUUAGUCUUCUCGGCGCACUCUUGUGUCGCUAGUGUCUGUAGAUUAUUUUUUAUAAAUGUGGUGCAGUGUCUUUGUAAAAAAAAAAGUAGGUUUUUGUGAUAAAUAAAAUUACGAAUAUACUG